GGCACGGAAAACGCGCGCGAAUCUUGAAGGCAGCACCGCGUGGCUUAAUCCUAUCGAGGCUUACCUACCAGUUUGCAAGAGGAUUGAAGAGUAGAAAAAACAUCAAAGUUUGUUAAGUAUCCGUUUGGUAAAUUGCAGUGGCGAAACACCAAUUCACGCAGUUUGUUGCAGUUUGACGCAAAAAUAACUAGAAGGACAGCGUUGGAGAUAAAACGAAGUUUUUCAUUCGGAUGUCAACAUUAUCAGUAAUCGCAAAUGUCCAUAGAUGUAUUUUAUUGUAGUGAUAAAUUAAGAGAGAUGAGUUUGCGACAAAUCCUGUGAAUGAAUAUUAUAACUUAGUGGUGGUUACUUCAGGUGCCUCCCAACAUCCUUCAACAGCGAAUUCAAUGGAAGAUAAAUCGAAAAGCUGAAGCAGAGCUAGAGUUGGUAAUCAUCUUGUUAUAUUAGAUAGGAAAUCCGCCGGCUCUAGUACCUACGUGAGAGAAGCGGCGUGCCGUGAUUUGUUGAAUGAGAGACAAAUAGUCUGUUAAGUUGUGAAGCUGCCCCGUACACUUGAGUCUUAAUUACGGAAUAAGAGAUGAUGAUGACCUGCAACAAUCAGCAUCGUGGCGGGCGAUGGGACCAACUUCAAGCUAUAGUUUGUUUGGCCUUGUUGACAGCGACUGCGGUCCACGGUCAAUUGGUCAGCUCAGACUGUGACGCGACCAAAUGUCCACCCGCUAUUGACAUACCGGACACGUUGCUGCAGGUGGGCGAACGGACCGGCAAACAAAUGGUAAACUGCUGCGAAGUUACGCAAAUCUUCUGCGAUCGGAGUUCGUGCCCAGCGAGGAUUCAGUUCUGCGACGAUGAAGGCACAAUCCGACCUAAGAUCGUCGAAGGAAGGUGUUGCACCAUAGAUGAGUGUGAUAACAACGUCACGCAAUCAACACUGUGCGAAGUGGAGAUCAAUGGGACCAUUACGAGGAAGCAAAUAGGUGAAAAAUGGUUCAGCAUGGUCAACAGUACAACGUGUAUGAAUUUCGAGUGCUUACGAAGCGACAGUACGGAACCGUUCGUGAAUUCUAUAGGAAUCUUGUGUAAUUCGCAGUGCCCGGAGGGCUUUGCGUUGCAGUAUUCCGACCAACACUGCUGUCCGCAAUGUAUUCAAGCGAAGUGCCGCUUCAAUGACCGUUUCUAUUCCGAAAGUGAGAGUUGGGAAAGCACGGAUAGAUGCCAAAGGUACCAAUGUGUUAACGAAGACGGUCUACUAUCUAUUACAUCAGACCGGAAACAAUGUCCUAUGAUAAUGGACUGUCCACCGGAGAAUGUAGUGCAACAAGAAUGCUGCAAUAUAUGCAAUAUUACGCUAGUUGAACCAAUAACGCCAAGACCACGCCAAGGGAUCGAGUAUUACGAUGAGCUUGAUUACUCGGAUCAUGAAUGUAAGCGUGAAUGUAUUAGAGGACGCAAACCUUUGAAUUGUUACUAUCGAUUCAAGAUCGAAUGGUACGAAACUUUGAGUAAGGCGUGUUUCGAUUGCCCUUACAACUCUACAGACUGCGGCCGACCACACUGUAUUUCUGCUGAUGGCGUUAGACGAAGUGUAAUCGUAAUCAAUAGAAUGAUGCCAGGACCAGCAAUUGAAGUAUGUGAAAAUGAUAUAAUUACGGUGGAUGUGGAAAACCAUCUAAUGGGUGAUAGUACUACAAUCCAUUGGCAUGGUUUACACCAAAAAAGAUCACCCUAUAUGGAUGGAGUUCCGCACAUAUCUCAGUGUCCUAUUAGCCCGGGAUCUACGUUCAGAUAUACAUUUAAGGCGGACAACCCGGGAACCCAUUUCUGGCAUUCGCAUACCGGAAUGCAACGCGGUGAUGGUGCAUUUGGGUCGCUUAUCGUUAGGAGAGACAAUGAUCCACAGCAAAUUAUGUAUGACCAUGACCUGUCGGAACAUGUGAUAACUGUUCAGGACUGGGGGCACGUUGCUGGUAACCAAAUGUUCAUUGCACACCAUCACUCAACAGGAGAUAAUAAGCCUCCAAACAUUUUGAUUAAUGGGCGGGGCAAAUAUUUUAAACGGUAUCCAAAAAUUUCCAGCCCCACAACUACAGCUAGAACAACGAAUUCCGAUAUUACAAAUGAUGCAGAGCUAAUACAAAUUAACACUAAAACGUUGUCUCGCACAAAGCGUCAAUCGAGAACCGUAAACUUCAACGCUGUAGUGGUCCCAGAAUCUGAACAUAUCCCGCUUCAAGUAUUUCACGUGGACCCGAAGAAACGCUACCGGUUUCGAUUGAUCAAUGCCGAGUUUUUAAACUGCCCAGUCGAGCUUUCGGUGGAAGGUCACAAUCUAACCGUGAUAUCGUCGGAUAGUUUUGACAUCAACCCGGUGGAAGAUUUGGCUUCGCUUGUGAGCUAUGCAGGUGAACGGUUCGACUUUAUUCUUCGCGCAAAUCAGCCAAUCGGCAACUAUUUGAUGCGAUUCCGCGGCUUGAUGGACUGCGACGAACGAUUCACGUCCGCCUAUCAAGUGGCUGUACUACGAUACAAAGGAGCUCCUGAGGUGGAGUAUGAAGAGUGGCCGAACUACGACUUUCCACUGGAGGGAAUGCAGCUGAACUCACUUAAUAGAGGAACGGGCCAUGUCGACAGUUUAUCGAUAGCGGAAACAACGUCCAGAGAUCAGGAAGAUUUGUUUUUGCUCAAAGAAAAGACUGAUUUUAAGUUUUAUGUUUAUUAUGAUUUCUAUGCUAAGGACAAUCCACAUUUCCACGUUCCAGAUUUGUACGGAUUCAAAGAUGUAAUCAACAACACCAAUCGGUUGUACACCCCGCAGCUGAACCACAUUUCAAUGCGAAUGCCAAAGAUUCCCAUGAUGCCGGGUAAAGACGAACUCGACGAAAGUCGAUUCUGCAACGCAAGCUCCCUGAUGGAACAAGGCAUCAAUUGUCGGGAGGAGUUCUGCGAGUGUAGCCACGUGAUUCAAGUGCCGCUGGAUUCCACCGUGGAAAUGGUGCUGAUAGACGAAGGGUUCACAUUCGAUGCCAACCAUCCUUUCCAUCUGCACGGUCAUGCUUUCCGUGUGGUCGGGAUGGAGCGAUUGGCCGGGAACAUUACGGCUGAAGAGGUGAAGCAAAUGGAUGAAGAGGGAAAGAUCAAACGGCGCUUGAAGGGUGCACCGAUUAAAGACACGGUGACUAUUCCGGAUGGUGGUUACACUAUUAUUCGGUUCAUUGCGAACAAUCCAGGGUACUGGUUGUUCCAUUGUCACAUCGAGUUCCAUGCAGAGAUAGGCAUGUCCCUCGUGUUGAAAGUGGGUGACAAAUCAGAGAUGAUAACAGCACCGCCAAAUUUCCCAACAUGUUACGAUUAUACACCAAUUUUAGCAAAUCAGUAUUCCAGUGGACAGCAAGCGUUGUAUGCUCCACAAAGUACCAUUUAUCAUUUAGUAUUAGCAACAGUUAUCAUGGCAUUUUUUGCGAGUAUGGUUGCGUAAUUGUGAUAUUUAUUGUAAGAAGUUAAUAGUUAGGGAAGGAUUUAUAAAUAAAGAAUGCUAAUUUA